AUGGAAGUAUCGCCAGGAUCCACCACCAUAUCAGGUCGUCCGCGGAGACGGGCCGUUGAAGCAUGCACCUUUUGCCGGAAGCGCAAGAUCAAGUGCAACAACGAACAGCCGACAUGUGCCAAUUGCAGGACGUACGCGAAGGAUUGUGUCUACGAGCCACUGACCGAAACGAAUGCCUCCGCUCAGCCUCGGACAUCCACUCGGCGCCGUCAGCGGCCCAUGCCUGCUGGUCAACGGUGCGGCUCCCCCUUCCGCUCCGAGCCACGCAACCCGGAUUUACCCCGCGUCAAUGAUGCUAGCACGUCCAACCCCAAUGCUGCGGAUCACGAUGUGGAUGCUGCACGUCGUGAACAGUCCCAGCACGGCACAGAUACCAGCCCAACAACGACUCCUCGGGCUGGCGUAUCUCGCAUUGUGGUGUCAGCCAAUGGUGUCUCGAGUUAUCAUGGACGUACAAGUGCCCUGUACGAGGACAACGUCCAGGAGCGAGCUUCAGCGGCUGACCUGCAUCCGAGGAUGCCAGAAGCAUGGAUUGAAAAGGGCCUAGUCGCUGAAGCUGCCACGCAACGCCAGCUUGAGGAUUUCAACUACCAAUCCGGUGCACUCGAUUUUGAUGAUCUUGGCCGCAAGUUUUCUGACGAGGACCUUGAGAUACGAAGGCGCGUGUUCUGGGGCGCUUUCGUCGUCGAUAAGAUACAAAGCCUGUACCAGGGUCGGCCCGUCACCAUCAAGGAGUCAGAUACUCUUGUGCCCAUCAAGUUCCUCGACACCUACGAAGAAUUUGAGCAUUGGAGGCCCUUCGCAUAUUCCAGCGAGUCGAAUGAAUAUCCUGGCUCGCCGGCAUACAGCGUCUCAACCUUCACAUCGCUAUGUCGAUUAUCGGUUGCCAUGAGCGACAUCCUAGGUUGCAUUUACACGGAGAGAAGUUUCAGCCAGGCCGCGACCGAGCUGUCCAAGAUGCUAGAGACACUGAAUGCUAAGCUGAGUGUUAGUGUGGCUGAAGGAAACAUAGGUUCCGAUGUUCACUGCCAAAACGCGCCAAGAGCUACGGCUCAACCUUCAAGUACCGACAUCGCCACAGCACCUGACCACGCAGAACAGGCUGAGAUUGCAGUGCCCGACAAUAUUUCACCUAGUGCAGGGUGGUCCGAUAUCGAUGGCAUCAUCCAAAGCUUUGUCAGGGGCCAGGACGGGUUUGCCGCAGCGAGCGAGCAUCAAGCCGACCUGGGCCAUAUGGACAAUUUCAUACCAGCACAAACUGCGCCAAUCCCAUCGGGCGUUUUUUACCACAACAGCGAAGUUAUAAGGCCUCUUGAUGACCGAAACCCGAGUGACAACACAGUCACAACUUGGUCCACGGAUAUCCACGCACCGGGUGGGACAGCCUCGAUUGAUGACCUGCUCUUCGGGUUUAACGGCUCAGCCCUUGACAGUUUCCCGUUCUGA